GGCCGCUUGGCGACGAUGGGCACGACGACCAAGAGCUUCGCCGACCUCAUCCGCGCCAAGCUCUACGUACUGCUGCUCAUGGCGCUCUCGAUGAUUGCCUCUCUUGUCUGGAGCCGGCGCGGCAGCACGUGCCCGCCGGCGGCGACGACGACGACGUCGACGGACGACGAGAUUGUAGCGCGCAACCAGGCGAACCUCGGCGCCGUGCGCUCGCACCACCGGAUCGCUGCCAUGAUCUUCGCGAGCCCGAGCGUUCGUCGAGCAAUCUUGAGCCGCGUCAUCUUUGUCUUGCAGGACGGUAAUACGGGCGAGGCCAUGUUGCUCACGCUGCCGUUCAACCGCAUCCUCCGGCGACGGCUCGAGAUCAUGGCGCGCCGCUGGCUCGACGCGACUGAUGGCACGAUCACACGAUCCGCCGUGCCCGAGACGCCGCCCAAGCAGCAGCAGCGACGACAUCGCUUCUACACCAACCCGUUCUGGAGCUUGCGAUCGCAAUAGCCGAUCGAUCCAACGAAAGCAUAUCAUGUGUAAUAGGUGUCCUUUGACGUGUACUCGAUCGUCUUGACCUUAGUCUACUUGCAUGCAGGCGAGAGGACUUGGC